UCGUGGUCUGUUCGACGUGCGACAGUGCAGUACACAACCACCCAAAACAAAGAAAGAACACAUCCAUCGAUCGAUCGCGUCGGGCGACAUUUCCUGGUCUCUACAAUCCAUAUCCACUUCAAGUCUGUGAUUCCGAACCCAAAAUUUAGCUCUUAAAAUGUAUCGAUUAUGUGUUUGUGCUGUUUUACUAGUAAAUUUAAGUAUCAUAAGUGCCUAUAGACCGGUAGUGAUAAUGCAUGGAAUCCUGACGGGGGCGGACAGUAUGCUGCUCGUGGUGGACGAAAUACAAAGGCAUCACCCGGGAACAGUUGUGUACAACGCUGAUCGAUUCGAGGGAUGGUCCAGCUUGGAGAAUGCUUGGCAUCAGGUAUUGGAAUUAAAUAGUGACCUGCAGGAUAUAUGCCAAAAACAUCCGGAUGGAGUGAUACUCCUGGGAUACUCCCAAGGAGGACUGAUAGCUCGGGCAGUGCUGCAAACAUAUCCUGAUCAUUGCGUGAAAAAGUUCAUAUCGCUAAGCUCACCACAGGCCGGGCAGUUUGGGACCGAUUUCUUGCAUUUGAUUUUCCCGGCAUUGGUGGCGAAAACAGCUUAUCAGCUGUUCUAUACCUACGUCGGACAGCACACUUCGGUCGGCAACUACUGGAACGAUCCGCAUCAUCAGGACCUGUUUGAGCAAUUCAGUAUAUUUCUGCCAUACAUCAACAACGAUCUGCCAUCGACGAAUUCGACCUUGUUCCGGGACUCGAUGCUGCAGUUGGAUCAGUUAAUUCUGAUCGGAGGCCCAGAUGAUGGAGUUAUUACUCCGUGGGAGUCGAGCCACUUCGGGUAUUACAAUGGAACCGAUGAUGUGAUUCCGUGCAAGCAAAGGAAAAUCUACCUGGAAGAUCGGAUUGGACUGAGAACACUGGAUAAGAGUGGUCGGUUGAAACUUAUCACUGUGCCUGGAGUAAAACAUUUCGAGUGGCAUUUGAACACGGACGUCGUUGACGAAGUGAUAUUGCCGCAUUUGGAUUAGGUUACUUGAGGACUGUGUGCGAUAGAGAAGACAAUGGUGCUGGCUUUACAUGACCUUGGGAUGGAUUAGGUUAUCAAAUGGAGUGGACGUACCAGUUAUCACUAUACGUUUCUAUUAUUGCAUAUGGGAAUUCCAUAGGACAUAAUUGGAACACACCAUAAUAGGAACGUCAUAAUUGGCAGCCCGGAGUUAAUUGUAAAUACUAAAAUAUUUGAG